UCAAGAGAGUCUGCGGCUCCGCCCUUUUGAUCACUUCUGCUUUGACUCAUUAAAAUUGUAACGAACAUCAGAACGCCUGUGCGAUCGCCACAUCGAGACGCAACCGCCAACAACGCCAUACUGGGAGAAAGCCACCGCCAGGUGACUCCAUGGAUGACUUCAUGACGGACUCUGUCACCGAGGACCCAUGGUCCGAAGGUCUGACGGCCACCACCCCGGACUAUGAGUUCCAGGAUUUUAUGUGCGACCUGUCAUCGGUGCGGGCCUUCCGGCGUGCAUGCGAACCACCACUCUUCUGGAUGAUCGCGUUGGUGGGCGGCCCCGGGAACCUGGCGGUAGUCUGGAUCUACCUGAACUUCCGUCGGCGUCUCAAGACUAUGACCGAUGUGUUCCUGCUCAACCUGGCCGUGGCUGACCUUUUGUUUCUGGUCACCCUGCCGUUGUGGGCGGUUGAAGCGUCUCACAGCUGGACCUUUGGCGCCACCCUGUGCAAGGUGACGUCGGCGGUGUACAAGGUGAACCUGUUCAGCUCCACACUUCUUCUGACUUGCAUCAGCAUGGACCGCUACGUGGUCAUCGUGCAGACAGCCAAGGCCCAAAACUCGCAGGCCGAGCGGCGCCGCUUCGCACGAUUUGUGUGCGCUGGCGUCUGGUUGGCCGCCCUGCUGCUGGCCACACCCGAGCUGGCCUUUUCCACUACCGUGUCAACUGAAGAGGACGAGGGCCCACGCGAGUUCUGCCGAAUGCUGUUCCCGUCGCACGUGGGGCAGCGAACAAAGAUGGCCACGCUGUGGGUGCAGGUGGUCAUGGGCUUCUGCCUGCCUUUCACCAUCAUGGCGGCGUGUUACGGUUCCGUGGUGGCCACCCUGCUCAAGACGCGCAGCUUCCUGAAGCACAAAGCCAUGCGCGUGGUCCUGGCCGUCGUGACCGUCUUCCUGGCCACCCAGCUGCCCCACAACGCGGUCCUGGUGACAGAGGCGAUGCAGGCAGCCAACGUGACUGUCACCGACUGCCGCGAGCUCAAACGCUUCCUGAAGGUGGGCCAGGUGCUGAAGGGUGUGGCCUACCUGCAUGCCUGUCUCAACCCCUUCCUAUACGUCUUCGUGGGCGUGCGUUUUCGCCGGGACCUGUUCCAGCUGCUGCGCUCCUGCUCCUGCCGACGCCCCGGGACGCCCUCGGACCAGCUCAGCCGCUCCGGGAAAAGUCCACUGGGUUCCGCCAGAGCGUCUGACAGCGACACCUCACAAGCGCUGUCGCUGUAGGCCGGACUUUCUGUUGGUGGCGUCACCCGAGGCGGGACAUUCUGUUGGCGCUGCAACCUUUGCGGCAACAGGAAAUGCAGGCUGACGCCAAGCAGACGAAACAAGUGACAGGAAGACGCUUGUCACGCUUUUUGAUUCACUUCCUUUCUACACUUCCUGUUUUCACCUCACACCAUCUGAUGACUUUGAUUAUGGUUGGGGGGUAUCCGUGUGUGUGUGUAGGGGGGGGGGGCACUCUCUCCUGAUGACAUCACCAAUUGACUUUUGUU